AUGUCGUUGCCCUUCUCUUGUCCUUUACCUCCUCCAUUGGUUGCUGAAGACAACAUUCAAAAUAAGAAGAUCAUGCCAGCUUCGGGAAAUUUCUAUGAAGGAGAAGGUGGAGCUAGUAUUCAAGGAUCAGGCUCUGGAGAUGGCGACAGUGCAGGCAGAAUUAUCUCUGAGGAAUGGAUCAAGGCAAUUGUAUGCGAUAUUAAUGGAGAUUAUUUCAAAAGUAUCGAUUCUGAAGAUCAUCCAAAUCAUGCUCUCUUAAUGGAGGAUGCCAGUUUGUAUCAUGCUUUUGGAGAUGAGAUCCGAUUCAAACCUUCAGCCGAUCAUCAUACCCAUCAGUUGCCUCAGAUUGAUCAGGAAAGUGGUAUUGUGUUGAAAGGGAGUUACGGCUCAGAUCCAAAUCUCAUCCUUCAAUGCAAUCCGAACAUGUUGAACUUGGGGUGUUUCUCCCUUUUAAUUCGUGUAUUUGUCACGAAGGAAUCAAGAUCGAUUGUGACCUUUGGAGGUUCGUAUCGCUGGUUUGGCCUUACACCCACUCAUGUGACGUUGAACAAUCAGGAUCAAAAAUUUGAAAUUUAUGGAGUCAAAUUGAAUCAGUGGAAUGAAAUCUUUGUUUCUUUCAAUAAUCCACAACCAGAGUAUGAUGAGGAGGAAGUUAAAAACCCAAAUAUGGUGAAGGAAAUUUUGUUGGUAAUCAACGGAAGAGAAAUGUCCAUUCCUGUGUCUUGUGACAUGGAUAUUGCCAAAGAAGAUGACAGUACAAGAUCCUUCGAUAAGGAAUUAUCAUUUGUCAAUUAUUCCAACGGAGCAAGCUUGAUCGGGGUAGUUUCAAGUGUGGUUCUUCUCAACAAGUCUUGUCAAAAUUUUGAAGAAUUGGAAAUGCUUGGUCGAGUCCUUUUGGAAAAACACAAGAAACCAACCAAGUCAUACAUGGAAUCUUUGAAGACCAUCUCUCAAAUGACAAUAGUUCAUCCAGAAGAAAUUGAAUCUGUCACUCAGUUCGACACUACUUUAUCAGAGAAUCGUCUUGUGGUGGUGGAUUUCUUUGCCACUUGGUGCUGUCCAUGCAAAACAAUUGCUCCCUUCCUGACCAAUCUUGCAGGUAAAUACCCAAAAGCGAAAUUUUUGAAGGUGGAUGUGGACAAGUUCCCUGAACUCUCAAGUCGAUUCGAGGUGAACUGCAUGCCAACCUUUUUGUUUUUAUUAGAUGGAGAAUCUGUUGUAUCUCGUUUAGAAGGAGCAAGCGAAAAGGAGCUUGAAAACAGAGUUUCUGAACUCGUUUCCAAAAUUUGA